AUGUUACAGAAUAUUUCACAACGGGAUUGCGUUUCCCAUGGGAAACAAACCAUGUAUGAAGUCAAUUUUGAGUAUCCUUCUCUGCGCUUUCUCUUAUCCCACGUUUCAUACCCUGCGUGCUUCUUCUACUGGCCACGGGUCGGCCCGGUUGGGUUACUGUACUUGGGGAUAAUCGUCUAUUCGUCUCUGAAUCUUGUCAAGCAUACCGUAUCGUUGUGGAUUUGCAAAUUCGGUUAUCUGUUUAUAGAUAUUACAGUUUUGGGGACUCAUCUUUAUCAUGCUGUAUCUUUUAGGUUGUCAUUUCUAAGUCUUCUGCUGUUCUUUUCCUUUGCAGCUACAGGGGGAGAAAUGUAA